AUUAUUGUUCACUUGUUUUGGACUCUGAUAUGGAAUUCGGAAUAACACAAUAACAAAAAAGAGAGAGGGGCGAAUAUCUUAAAUUUUUUUGGGUGCGUUUGCAGCCUUUAUUGAAAACCCUAGACGAUUUUGAAGGUUAAAUCAAGGUUCAAAUCUACGAGUUUCGUUCAUUUUAGAUCCAAGACCAGUUGAUCCAUUUGUGAUACCCACCUCGAGACUUAAUGUUCACUAUGGUUGCCAAUCGAAAAUUUUAGGGUACUCAACGAGCUUCUAAAAGUGAAUUAAAGCUCACAAGUUGCAAGGACUUUUUUUUUUUUUUACUUUAUGUGACUGUUUAGCUAUAUGGAAAAGGAUGGAGGCACGCCCUGUUUUAUCCAUCCAUCGAUCAGGUGCAAAACAACUAACUAGUGGUGUAGUGUCCGUGCCUAUGUCAUCGUCCUUCCCAGUACUUCCCAUCCCCCUUGAAGAUAAGUAUCCGAACUUGCCGGAGUGUCAACAGGUCUCAUCGGCAAGAGAACUGUUACCGUAUCCCAUGGCCAUGUCACAUGCAAGUUCAUUCCCCUCCAGCAGCGAGGUCGCUGGACAUAUUUUUUCAUCAGCUUCAGGCUUCUCUUCGGAUUAUCAUUUUUCCAGUCUAUCACCCCAUGAAAGGAAUUCGAGAAACGCUCCAUUCGUUUCACAGUCAUCAAAUUAUGGAUCAUCUUUGCCAUUAAAUCAACCUUUUCCUUCUGGAGUACUUAAAUCCACAGCAUCCAGUCAGUAUAUAAAAGAUAGUAGUGAUGUUUCCUGGUGUGCAGAUCCUAUGGAGGGUUUUCUUGAUUUUCCUGAGAAUAUCCCGAUACAGAACAGUCAAAUGGAAAGCAGUAGUGUGGGUGGUAUAGGAACAGAGGACCACAACAAACCAAGUGAAUGGCAGGAUUGGGCAGACCAAUUAAUAACUGGUGAUGACGCUUUGGCUCCAAAUUGGAGUGAGCUUCUUGUAGACACCGGUGUCCUUGAUCCUGAACAGAAGUCAGCGUAUCAAGUCCAGCAACCAUCUUCAAAUUUCUCGGUGCACCAAUCGCAAAGUCAUCAACAGCUUCCUGUUAAUUCUGGAGAUCUAUGUGGUGUCUCUAGCCCCUCAUCCAACGGUUCUGCGAGCAAGCCACGCAUGCGGUGGACACCUGAACUUCAUGAACGUUUUGUAGAAGCGGUGAAUCAACUUGGUGGCAGUGAAAGAGCUACUCCCAAGGGUGUGCUGAAGCUCAUGAAAGUUGAAGGCUUAACCAUUUACCAUGUGAAAAGCCACCUGCAGAAGUACAGAACAGCACGGUAUAGACCAGACUCGUCAGAAGGAAAUUCGGAGAGAAAGAUGUCCACGAUUGAAGAAAUGUCAUCUCUAGACCUGAAAACGGGUAUUGAGAUUACCGAGGCACUGCGGUUGCAAAUGGAAGUUCAAAAGAGGCUGCAUGAGCAACUCGAGAUUCAAAGAAAUCUACAGUUGAGAAUAGAAGAACAAGGGAGGUAUCUUCAAAUGAUGUUUGAGAAGCAAUGCAAGUCAGGUACUGAAAAGCUCAAAGCUUCUUCAUCAAAUCUCGACGACCGAUCUGCUCUGUCAUUGGAUCAGGUUCAGAACUCUCCUUCCAAAGAUGCUGCUGAAAAAUCCGACGUGCCAGAUCUGAUGAGAAUACAGGAUCUGAGUGACUAGUUUGGUAAGAAAAAGUAAAAUAUCUUAUUUUGAUAGGGAUGCUGAUUGAUACAAGGUGUAUUGGAGUUUAGAUGUUCUCACUCUUUGUCUCUGUCUUUUCUCUCUCUGAUUUGGUGGAUGACUUGCCGUCUCUUUCAUGUUAACCAAUAAAGUUCGGACUUCCUGCUUUAUGUUCAUUUGAUUUGUGGGUGAGAUAUAGCUUUAGGAACUGGUCAUGGAAGACGGAUACUUCUGUAUAUGUUCCCCAACUAUGAAGAGAGCAAGUAUUUUACUGUGUAAGAUAAUUUAUAAGCUUUUUCAGUUAGAAUGGAUAUGAUUUAACUUAGAAACCUUCGUAUGAAAUUACGCAUGACUAGCUUGAUUGGGUC